AUGGGCGAACAGAGCCAGCUGCACUUCCCUGGUUUGUUAAUUUAUAGUUUGAAUAUUCAAAGUUUACAAGCCCAUAAUAAUGACAUUAUCGACAAAGUAGCUGCUAAUUCAAAUAUUCGACUUUUGUCUGAAACGUGGACUCAUAAUGAUGAAGACAUUUCCAUUCCUAAUUUAAAUUGUGUAGUUAAAUAUAAACGCCCUAAUAUAAGAUCUGGAGGUGGAGCUAUUUAUCAAAAUGAUAACGAUACAACACACAUUGUAACACCAUCAAUGGACAUUUCAGUACAUAAUAUACAGGCACUUGGAGUACAACUCAGUGCUGUAGAAGAAAUCUGUGCCGCUGAAUGUACAACGGAAAAUGAUCCGCUUUCCGCUCAAGUAUUGCUAGCUACCGCCUUAGUCCAGGUACGCCCGCAUCAUGGUAAUCCAAUCACCGCCAGAGUGUUGAUUGAUCAAGGUUCAGAGCUCUCAUUUAUGAGACAGUCGCUCUUCAAGAAGCUUGGACAACCGCUACAGCGUGACAUGGUCAUGCUCAAGGGCAUUGGCAAUGUCUCCGCAGGAAGCUCACUAGGUGUGAGCACAAUUGAGCUUCGUUCGCUGUGUACGACCGCAUCAAUGCAUGUCAGCAUGCAUAUUCUACCAACACUGACGGUAGAUCUUCCAUCGUUCGUGAUCGCUGAUCCGAAAUGGCCGCAUCUUGAGAAUCUCAAGCUCGCUGACCCGCAGUAUCUACAGCCACGCCCUGUAGAUAUUAUUCUAGGUGCAUCACCAGCCGCACAGAUCAUGAACGCAGAGAUUCAACGAGGACCUCGCAAUGCUCCGAUCGCACAAUCCACCACGCUUGGUUGGAUUAUUUAUGGAGCUGUCACCGCUAAACCCGCUUCAACAUCACACGCAGCAUUACAUGCGUCACUUGAUACAGAAUUACAAGACGCUAUCGCUAAGUUUUGGGAACAGGAAGAAGUUCCAUCAGGAAUUUCAUCGCUCAACGACGCUGAGGAAGACGAAUGUGAAGUUCACUUUCGUCAAACGCAUUAUCGACAGCCUGAUGGACGCUAUGUAGUGAGAUUACCGCUUAAAGCCCCCGAGAGUCAACUUGGCGACUCUAUUAACGCAGCCAUGGGGUCACUCCGCAGAUUAAUAACUCGCUUGUCGCGAGAAAAGGAUUAUUCUGACAUGUAUCAUGCAUUCAUGGCAGAAUAUAUUCAACUAGGACACAUGGUACGAGUUCCAAUCAACGAAUUGCCCGCAAACGCUUACUUCUUGCCUCACCAUGGGGUAUUGAAGCUUGAUAGUGCCACUACGAAGCUCCGCACAGUGUUCAAUGGUUCCUGUGCAACAUCUACAGGAAUUUCAUUGAAUGAUAUUCUUCACGCAGGACCCAAAACGCAAAUUGACAUUUUUGACGUGAUGUUGAGAAUCCGCUGCAAUAAAAUUCUAUUCGCUACUGACAUCACCAAGAUGUUCAGACAGAUUGAGGUCGACUCUCUUGAUUGGCCGCUUCAGUGCAUUCUCUGGACAGAUGAGAAUGACCUGGUAGACGCUUACUGUCUCAAGACAGUCACAUACGGAACCGCUAGUGCACCUUUUGACGCUGUACGUGUGCUCAUUCAACUUGUGAAGGAUGAAGGACACCGCUUUCCGCUAGCUGUUGCUCCAAUGUUGAAAACACGCUACGUAGAUGACAUCUACGGUGGAGCAGACAAUGAAGAAGACGCUAUAGAGGUUGCAGUGCAAACAAAAGCACUGUGUGCAGCAGGCUGCUUCCCGCUUGCCAAAUGGGCUAGCAAUAGUCUAAAAUUACUCGCUGAAGUCGCUCAAGAAAAGCAGCUAGAUACACCUCUUAAAGAAAUCAGUGAUGCACCAGUAAAAGUCCUGGGCAUGUACUGGAAUUCACGCACUGACGCUCUCCAGUUCAAGUACACGCUACCGCAAGAGACGCCAAAGACAAAAAGAGCUAUUUUGUCUGAAAUCGCUAAGCUGUAUGACCCGCUAGGACUUCUCGCACCAAUAGUAGUCAAAGCCAAGAUCUUCAUGCAAGAUCUGUGGUUAGAUAGAGUGUCAUGGGACGAACAACUGUCACCAUCACUCAUACACAAAUGGACUGGAUACCGCGAUGAUCUCCGCAACAUAGAGUCAAUCCGCAUUCCACGCUGGAAUAAUAUAGCACCCGGAGCAACUAUGGAAUUGCACGGGUUCUCAGACGCUUCGCAGAACGCUAUGGCUGCCGCUGUGUAUUUGAGAGUCACUGACGCUGAUGGGAACACAAAAGUCUCACUUCUGUGUUCAAAAACGCAAGUAGCACCGCUGAAGACUAUGACAAUUCCACGCUUGGAAUUAUCAGCCGCAUGGUUGUUAACACAACUGAUACUUCAUGUUAAAGAAGUUCAGUCACUUGGAAAUGUCAGGAUAAAUCUCUGGACUGACUCCGCCGUGACUCUCGCAUGGAUUAAAAGUCCAGCAACCCGCUGGAAGACAUUCGUCCGCAAUAGAGUGGGAAAAAUCCAAGAAACGCUUCGAGAUGUCUCCUGGAAAUUUAUUCCAGGAAAACAAAACCCAGCUGACUGCGCUUCAAGAGGUAUACCUACGCUAAAACUAAAGCAACACGCUCUCUGGUGGCAUGGACCUACGUGGCUUCAUGAACCAGAAUCCUCUUGGCCCACUCUUGAGCCUCCAACCGACAACGCAACGCAUCGAGAAGAACGCCAAGGUCUGACAUUAGUAACUUGGAAAGCAGAAAAUUGCCUUCUCCAACAAUUACUAUCGCAUUACUCGCAGCUGUUUCCAUUACUUAGGAAGCUCAGCAUCUGGCAUCGUGUCAUCGACCGCUUCAAAAGAGUUCCACAAUCUUCGCUGGCCUACCCGCUUACUCCAUCAGACCUGGAGCGCGCUAAAUUGACUUUGAUUAACAUCACUAAGCUGACUCCGUUCAUCGACCAUCAGGGGGUCCUGAGAGUCGGUGGCCGCUUAAAAAACGCAUUAUUGGACCCAGAAGAGAAGCAUCCAGCAAUACUGCCGAGACAUUCACCGCUUACAUCAAUAUUGAUUGAUGAUUCGCACCGCAAAACGCUUCACGGAGGUACUCAGCUCACGCUCGCUGAAUUACGCAAAGCUGUCUGGAUCAUUGGAGGCCGUGUUCCAGUCAGAUCCUUUAUUCUACGCUGUGUAAUUUGCACGAGACAUCGUGGAGAACGCGCUCAACAGCUGAUGGGUCAACUACCUGCCGCACGAGUACAGCCAACUCGAGCCUUUUUGCAUACAGGACUCGAUUAUGCUGGACCCAUCACGCUAAAAACCUCAGCUGUUCAUCUAGAGCUAGUCACUGACUACACCGCUGCCGCUUUCAUCGCCGCUUAUCGCCGCUUCACUAGUCGCCGAGGUAUCUGCCACACGCUAUAUUCUGACUGUGGAACCAAUUUCGUAGGAGCAGAAAAAGAGCUGAAACGACUAUUCGCAGCAGGAUCCCGCACAUUACGAGAAUUAUCAAGUCUGAUCGCGCAAGAUGGCACGAACUGGAAAUUCAAUCCGCCUGGAGCUCCACAUUUUGGAGGAAAAUGGGAAGCCGCUGUGAAAUCUAUUAAAUUUCACCUCCGAAGAACAAUCGGAGACUCGCUAUUGACGCUUGAGCAGUAUUCGACGCUACUGGCUCAAAUUGAAGCCAUAUUGAAUUCCAGACCGCUUACACCGCUUAAUGAAGAUCCUGCUGACCUGGCUGUAUUAACUCCAGGUCAUUUCUUAAUCGGACAGUCAUUGACCGCAGUCCCAGAGCCAUCGCUGACAGAUUUACAACCUGCUCGGCUCUCGCACUGGGAACAAGUCCAGCAAAUGGUGCAACAUUUCUGGAAACGCUACUACCAGGACUGUAUCCACCGCUACCAGGCCAUUUCAAAGUGGCAUCAUCAACGCAACCAGAUCAAAGUGGGUUCAGUUGUACUGAUCACCACUGAGGAUCUUCCGCCAACCAAGUGGCCAUUAGCCAAAGUGAUUGCUGUCCAUCCAGGAGCAGAUGGACAAAUCCGCGUGGUAACUGUGAAGACAGUUAACACAGAGCUGGUACGCCCAAUUACAAAGCUUUGUGUCUUGCCACUGACGCAUGAAGAGGAUGAUCUUGUCGACGCAGCCGCCAACGCCGGGGAGAAUGUUCAGUGA